AUGUCGGAUCCAUACGAGAAGGUGAAAGGAGGAAGGUUAGCUUUCAAAGGAGGUGAUCUAGCUACAAGGAAGUCAAUCGAAAAGAAGAAGAAGAAGCACAAGAAGAACAAGGACAAGCUCGACGCUCCCGAGGUCGAAACGAUAGCUCCCGACGCUUCAGCCACUUCCUCCACUGCCGCCGUCUCCGCCGCCGCAGCAGCCGGAGACGAUAUUUACUCAAUCGACGCCGCGAAGAAGAAGAAGUACGACGACCUGUUUCCCGUGGAGGCGAAGAAGUUCGGUUACAUUCCCAAAUCGAACUUUGAUUCCGUCGCAGAGGCUCUCAACGAUCGUGUCAAGAAGAAGGCCGAUCGCUACUGUAAAUAG